AUGGCGAAAGCUUCCCAUACAUUGCAAAAAGGUGCUGUCGUCCAGCACACCGCCAAAGCCCAUAACCUGAAAGGUCAACUGCCUGAAGGGAGCAUGGAAUCUUUGGCAACAACCAUUCGUUUCGUCACGCUGAACUGUCGAACACUAUCGAGUGAACUCCAACAAGCCGCUCUAUCCAGACUUCAGCGAUAUCUCUGUGUGCGUUUUGUUGCACUGCAGGAAACACGCAUGAGAGAUCGGCCCGUAAUCAGCAUCGAAAAUUACACCAUAUACUGCGGCGAUGCUGAUGAGAACAAAGUAGGUGGCUGCGCGAUAGCUGUGAGGAAUGAUUACAAGAACCUGGUGGAGGAAUUUGGCUCAACGUCGUCUAGAUGCGCCUUUUUACGACUGCGGGAUCGCGGAGGACGUAAACUCUGGAUCGUAAGUGCUCACGCACCUACGGAAACCGCUGAGGACAACAGUAAGGAUGCCUUCUAUGAUGAACUCAAUGCGUUGAUGUCUAAAAUACCAAGCCAGCAGGUGGUCAUUGUCGGAAUCGACGCAAAUGCGAAGAUGGGACUCGAACAGCAAUCCGAUGUGCUAGGAAAAUGGUACUAUGCAGCGGAGCGCACGUCGGACAACGGUGACCGUCUGGUCGACUUGUGCGAACAGACGGGCCUCAUCAUCGCUUCCACGUUUAAGAGGAAUCAUCGACGCCAUCAGCUCACGUGA